UUUCUAAAUGGAUCAGAGUCAGUUGUUGGAUAUUUCUUAGGCAAUCAUGUUGAUUGGCAAAAUUCUAAUACUUUCCCUACUUAUCGGAUUCUUGGAGGCGCAGAUCUGUGAGGUGAAGCAGGUCAGAACUGUGAAUGGCAAGCGCAUGGAGAGAAAAGUGCAAACCUGCUGCAGAGGAUACAGAAGAAUUGGGAAGGGUCCAAAGAUUUCGUGUGUGGCCACCUGCCAGCGGCCCUGUGGGAGUGGCAAGUGCACGAAGCCAAAUGUGUGCACCUGCAACGCUGGAUAUCAAAACUUUAACAAAGUUUCGUCUAAUCGAUGUGUUCCCGCCUGCAAGGGUGGCUGCAGCAAGGGCACCUGCCAAUCUCCCGGACGGUGCGUCUGCUCCAAGGACCAUGUACUGGACACCGCCAGCGGCAACUGUCUGCCCCACUGCCCCAGCGGCUGUCCCAACGGCAAGUGCGUGCUCCCCAACAAGUGCAGCUGCAACGCAGGCUACGCGCUGAAUGCCACCAGUCAGACAUGCCAGCCCAGCUGCGAUCAGAACUGUGCCUUCGGCAACGGUGUCUGUGCGGCUCCUAAUCGCUGCGAGUGCAAAACGGGCUACGUACUGGACAAAGACUCCGAGUCGUUCAUGUGUCGACCAGUGUGCCGCAUGGGCUGCGAUAACGGCGUUUGUCGGGCACCCGACGUAUGCGAGUGCAAGAAGCACUAUCAGAAGGGGCCCGAUAGGAACUGCGUGCCCAUCUGCACCGACGGCUGCUUCAAUGGCAACUGCACGGCGCCAGAUGUCUGCGAAUGCCACAAAGGUUACCUUGCCAUCAGCGACUCGGUUUGCCUCCCCAUCUGCAGCGCAGGAUGCCCAAACGGGUUCUGUGAGGCUCCAGAUAUUUGCGCAUGCAACGAGGGUUUUCUGAAGCAGGACAACAUCUGUGCGCCAGUCUGCAAAGGCGGAUGUGAGAACGGAUUCUGCGAAUCCCCCGGAAAGUGUUCCUGCAACGAAGGCUACGGAAAGGAAACUGAGAACAGAUGUGAUCCCAUAUGCGAGGGUGGAUGCGAGAACGGAUUCUGCGAGUCUCCCGGAAAGUGUUCCUGCAAUGAAGGAUACAGAAAAGAGAGUGAGAACAGAUGUGUUCCCAUUUGCGAAGGAGGAUGUGAGAACGGAUUCUGCGAGUCUCCCGGAAAGUGUUCCUGCAACGAAGGAUACGGAAAAGAGAGUGAGAACAGAUGUGUUCCCAUUUGCGAAGGAGGAUGUGAGAACGGAUUCUGCGAGUCUCCCGGAAAGUGUUCCUGCAAUGAAGGAUACGGAAAGGAAACUGAGAACAGAUGUGUUCCCAUUUGCGAAGGAGGAUGUGAGAACGGAUUAUGCGAGUCUCCCGGAAAGUGUUCCUGCAAUGAAGGAUACGGAAAGGAAACUGAGAACAGAUGUGUUCCCAUUUGCGAAGGAGGAUGUGAGAACGGAUUCUGCGAGUCUCCCGGAAAGUGUUCCUGCCUUGAAGGAUACGGAAAGGAAAGUGAGAACAGAUGUGUUCCCAUUUGCGAGGGAGGAUGUGAGAACGGAUUCUGUGCGUCUCCCGGAAAGUGUUCCUGCAAUGAAGGAUUUGGAAAGGAGAGUGAGAACAGAUGUGUUCCCCUUUGCGAGGGAGGAUGUGAGAACGGACUCUGCGAGUCUCCCGGAAAGUGUUCCUGCAACGAGGGAUACGAAAAGGAAACUGAGAACAGAUGUGUUCCCAUUUGCGAGGGAGGAUGUGAGAACGGAUUCUGCGAAUCCCCUGGAAAGUGUUCCUGCAACGAGGGAUACGAAAAGGAAACUGAGAACAGAUGUAUUCCCAUUUGCGAAGGAGGAUGUGAGAACGGAUUCUGUGAGUCUCCCGGAAAGUGCUCCUGCAAUGAAGGACACGGAAAGGAGAGUGAGAACAGAUGUGUUCCCAUUUGCGAGGGAGGAUGUGAGAACGGAUUCUGUGAGUCUCCCGGAAAGUGUUCCUGCAACGAAGGAUAUGAAAAAGAGAGUGAGAACAGAUGUGUUCCCAUUUGCGAGGGAGGAUGUGAGAACGGAUUCUGUGAGUCUCCCGGAAAGUGUUCCUGCAAUGAAGGAUACGGAAUGGAGAGUGAGAACAGAUGUGUUCCCAUUUGCGAGGGAGGAUGUGAGAACGGAUUCUGUGAGUCUCCCGGAAAGUGUUCCUGCAACGAGGGAUACGGAAAGGAAACUGAAAACAGAUGUGUUCCCAUUUGCGAAGGAGGAUGUGAGAACGGAUUCUGCGAAUCCCCUGGAAAGUGUUCCUGCAACGAAGGAUUUGGAAAGGAGAGUGAGAACGGAUGUGUUCCCAUUUGCGAGGGAGGAUGUGAGAACGGAUUCUGCGAGUCUCCCGGAAAGUGUUCCUGCAACGAGGGAUACGGAAAGGAAACUGUGAACAGAUGUGCUCCCAUUUGCGAAGGAGGAUUUGAGAACGGAUUCUGCGAGUCUCCCGGGAAGUGUUCCUGCCUUGAAGGAUACGGAAAGGAGAGUGAGAACAGAUGUGUUCCCAUAUGCGAGGGCGGAUGUGAGAACGGAUUCUGCGAAUCCCCUGGAAAGUGUUCCUGCAACGAAGGAUUUGGAAAGGAGAGUGAGAACAGAUGUGUUCCCAUUUGCGAAGGAGGAUGUGAGAACGGAUUCUGCGAGUCUCACGGGAAGUGUUCCUGCCUUGAAGGAUACGGAAAGGAGAGUGAGAACAGAUGUGUUCCCAUAUGCGAGGGCGGAUGUGAGAACGGAUUCUGCGAAUCCCCUGGAAAGUGUUCCUGCAACGAAGGAUUUGGAAAGGAGACUGAGAACAGAUGUGUUCCUACGUGCGAGACCGGAUGUGAGAAUGGAGGAAUAUGCGUGGCGCCGGGGCAAUGCUCGUGCAUGGAAGGGUACAUCAAGAGCGGAGAAAGUUCCUGCAAAUUUCACUGCCCGAAUGGAUGUUUCAAUGGAUCCUGCGUCGCACCGAAUCUUUGCGUUUGUGUCGACGGUUAUGUCUACGAGUUUUCAUCAGGGACGUGUGUUCCUAGGAAUAUUGAUCAGCUUGAACCUGUCUCUUCGACUGACAGCUGGUAUGAGGAAUCCUCGGCCCCGUCGGAGAGUUCCUCCUCGAUAGGAGAUUUGUUGGUUUGGUGCGAGAAGUUCUGCUGGAACGGGACAUGCGUGGAGGAGCAAUGCACCUGCGAGCCAAACUACAAGCUGCAGAGAGACGAAAGGGAUGCCGGACGGCUGCUGUGUCUCCCCAUUUGCGAGAGGGAGUGCAUCAACGGGUACUGCCUCUUCCCCGACGUGUGUGCCUGCUUCGAUGGCGGAGAGCCAGCUGCCGGCUACCUCUGCCAGUCGCCAGACGGAUCGGCCAUGCUGGAGCACUCCCAUGGACGGAGCACCGGCAAGAACCGAUUGAAAUGGCUCUUCAUAUUAGUGGGUAUCGUUUCGGUGGUUUUGUCGAUCGUCAUUGCGUUUCUGAUGUGUUAUAUCUACAAGAAGCACAGCUAUCGAGUGGACAAGAAUGAACAAAAGUUUGGAGUGUACUUUUCAGCGAAUAAAGCUGAUAUCAUUCGAGCUUGAACUUCCAGUGUAAACCCACAAUUUUCUCAUUAUUUAAUAGAGCUAAGAGUAC